UGCGGAGAGAGUGUUUGUGAACCAAGUUAUGGCAACUUACUGAUUGGUAGAGAGAAAAAUCUCACGGCAAGUUCUACCUGUGGAACUAAAGGGCAAGAAAAGUACUGUGUAGUAAGUCAUCUCGAUAAAGAUAAACCAAAUAACCAAAAAGCUAGGACUUUCAAAAACUGCUUCAUAUGUGAUUCCAGACAACCCUACAGUGUUGAUAACAAGAAAAGUCAUUUAAUAGAAAAUGUUCUCCAGACCAAAGAGUUGGAUAAAAAUAAAUGGUGGCAAUCAAAGUAUGGAGAGCACAGUGUUUAUGUUCAGUUCGAUCUUGAAGCUGAAUUUCAUUUUUUGUAUCUGCAUUUUCAAUGUAAAACCCUGCUCCCUGCAGCUAUGCUUGUUGAAAGGUCAAAUAAUUUUGGACGGACCUGGAGAGUUGACAGAUAUUUUUCUGAAGAUUGUGAGAGAGAUUUUCCAAGAGUCCCUACAUAUUCAAGUGACUUCAGAGUUCCUUACUGCACGAAUGAGUUCUCAGAAUCUCCAAAUAAGCUAAACAGAGAGGUGUUGUUGACAAUUUUGCCUCCCGAUUUCAAAGAUCCCAACCCGUACAGAGAGGAGAUUUUGGAUAUUCUCAGGAUGACGAACAUCAGGAUUAAUUUCACAAGACUUCACAUGUUGGGUGAUCAGUACCUUUCCUUGGAUGCCAAACGAAAUUAUUAUUACACCAUAUACAACAUGGUCGUGAGGGGCAGGUGCUCAUGCUAUGGUCACUCCAACAAGUGCAUACCUCUCCCUUGGCAAAAGAAUAUCACCGAUGCCGUCUAUGGACAGUGUGAGUGCACACACCACACCACCGGUUACAACUGUGAGAGAUGUGAAGAUUUUUAUCAGGAUCUACCUUGGAGGCCAAGGAGCAGUGAUAAUCUCAAUGAAUGCAAAAGAUGUGAGUGCCACAACCAUUCCAACAAGUGCCACUUCGACCCUGCAAUCUUUAUCCUCAGCCACAACAAAAGUGGUGGAGUUUGUGAUGAUUGCCAGCACAACACCAUGGGACAGAACUGUGAAAUAUGCAAGGCUAAUUAUUACAGAAAUCCAAGAGUCUCAAUUAAUCAUCCUGAUGCUUGCAUACAUUGCGAUUGCGAUCCUCGUGGUUCAGAAGUUCUGGGAGGUUGUGAGAGCACAGGCGAUGCAGAGCUCGGCAUCGAAGCAGGAAGAUGCAAUUGCAAGAAGUUCGUCACCGGACACAGAUGUGACACUUGCCUGCCCGGCUACUGGAAUCUUGACGAACGCAAUCCACACGGAUGUGAACCAUGUGCCUGCAAUGCAUACGGAACAGUGGCAGGUCAUCAGUGUGAGUACCAAGCUGGUGAAUGUAGGUGCAAGAGGUUCGUCACUGGAAGGACGUGUGAUUCUUGUCUGCCAGGUUAUUGGAACUUUGGCCGAGAUGAGGAGGGAUGCACGGCUUGCAAUUGUGACAUCGGAGGUGCCUACGACAGCCAGUGUAACGCACGUACAGGUCAGUGUCGGUGCAGACCGAACAUCAUAGGACAGCAUUGCAAUCAUGUGGCUAGGGACCACUACUAUGCCUUCCUUGACUGGCUGCUCUAUGAGGCGGAGGAGGCAUCAGAGCGUGGAGUCAUUAUAUACAAGGACCGCCUGUCUGGAGGCGGUUAUGUGACUUGGACAGGAGUGGGUUACACGAAGGUCAUGGGCGGCUCCUCUUUAACCUUCGUUGUCGAUAACAUACCACAUUCUAUGGAGUACGACUUUCUGCUCAGGCAUGAUUCCAAGCAGGUGCUCCACCCCUGGGAGGGAUUGAAAAUGACCAUAGAAAGGUCUGGAAGGGCCAAUGAAAGAAGUGGUUGUGCAAACACUACUCCACAGGAUUACAAUAAAGUUUUUACAAUACAGCCAGACACGACACAUUCGUUCGUGCGGCCCGGCACAUGUUUGGAAAAGGGAGUCAGAUACACAAUUACAUUCAAGUUCCCUGCUCAGCGUUAUGCACUUGACGGAAAAGAAUCUCAUAUUUUUAUUGACUCUCUUGUCCUUCUUCCAGGAUCCACUGGUCAUCCCUUGAACCAGAAACCAGAAGUCUACGAGCAGUUCAAACGACAAAGAUGCAUGGAAACGUAUUAUUCACCUGUGCGACAGUUCAGAGAGUCAGACAUUUGUAGACGACUCGUUUUCAGCUCCUCCGUUGCUAUCCACGAUGGAGCCAAAAGUUGUGAUUGUGACCUGCAUGGAUCGUUCAGUCCUUCGUGUGAAGUUGCUGGCGGACAGUGCAAGUGCAAGCCCAAUGUUAUCGGACGGAGGUGUGACAAAUGUGCUCCAGGCUUUUACGGACUCACUUACACAGGCUGCAUGGCCUGUGACUGCCAUAGCCACGGUUCAAUGAGUCCAGUUUGUGACCAACGGACCGGCCAGUGCCCGUGCAACACCAAUUCAUUUGGAUUGAAAUGUUCCAGUUGUCAGCGAGGGUUUUGGGGAUUUCCAAAUUGCAGGAAAUGUUCUUGUAAUGGAAGGGCAGAUGAAUGUGAUCAGGUUACUGGGAAAUGCAUUGGAUGCCGCAGCAACUCCGGUGGACCCUAUUGUGACGGAUGUGCCGAUGGUUAUUAUGGUGAUCUGAAGACCGGAUGUCAACGAUGUCCGUGCGAACAUGGAGGCUCGUGCAGGUGGGAUCCUCGAAGCAACCAAGUUGUCUGUGAUUGUCCAACCGGAUACACUGGUCCCAGGUGUGACAGAUGUGCUGAAAAUUUUUACGGCGAUCCGACCUAUCCCGAUGGUACGUGUCAAAUGUGCAAGUGCAACAACAACAUCGAUCCCGCCGUUCCAGGCAGUUGCGACAGUCAUACAGGCCAGUGUACAAAGUGUUUGUACAACACCGAAGGAGGUUCCUGCGAGAGAUGCAAGGCUGGUUAUUAUGGUGACGCCCUGAGUCAAAAUUGCAAAGCAUGUGUGUGCAACGUUCUUGGAACUCAUGCUCACCUAAGAAACGAUUGCGAUAGAGUGACUGGUCAGUGUCACUGCUUGAGUAAUGUGUUUGGUAGAUCGUGUGAUCAGUGUGGGGAGAACUUUUGGAAACUGGCCGAUGGGAGAGGAUGUGAACCGUGCAACUGCGACCCAUAUGGCUCACUCUCUCAAAAAUGCAACGAUAUUGAUGGUCAGUGUCAGUGUCGGAGAGAUUUUGGAGGGAGGCAGUGCAAUCAGUGUGCUGAGAACUUCUGGGGCGAUCCUAGAUCUUCCUGCAAAGAAUGCAUGUGCGAUGUUGGAGGUUCAGUGAGUCAGCAAUGUGACAGACACACGGGUGCAUGCACAUGCAAUCCAGGAGUGACAGGACAUCUGUGUGACAGGUGUGCAAGAGGCACUACAGGUAGCCUGCCUCACUGCAAGCCGUGCGGUCCUUGUUAUGAUGGAUGGCUCAAGCUCAUCGGCGAUAUCACCAGUUCGUCUUUGAAUUCUUUGAAAUAA